AUGGCUAUCCUCGUCGCGGAAUUCAUCCUCAGAUUCACAGGUUCAACUUGUCGAUUUGUCAGAAUAUCUGUUCCCUGUGCCAAUACAAUUCUUUCAUCUCAAAAUGGUAAGAGUGUGCAGGAUCAAGCCGGUGGUGAACCAACGGUGGGGGUGGUGGCCGAGGUGAAACCGGAAACGGAUCGAGGGGAUCGCGAGGACGACAAGAGUGUCGCGUCCGAGAGCGGGAGCGAUGAGGACUCCGAUGGGUCAGGGAGCGAAGAUUCAGAGGAUUCCGAGGAGGAGAGGCGGAGGGAGGAGGAGAGGACGCGGCGGCGGGCUGAGCGGCUUGCGGCCAUAGCCGCGCGCGCUAUUGCUAAGCGUGAAGAUGCUGUUGCGAGGCUCGAGGGGGAGAAGGCGGGGCUUGAGAUGCUGCUCGCCGAGCGUGAGAAGGAGCAGGCUCAGGAGGCUUCAGAGUUGCAGACUAGUAUGAUUGAAACAUUGGAAGCAGCGGAGAUAGAGAAACAGAGACAUCACAGCACUAGAAUGGAAGCCCUUGCACGUUUGGCUAGACUUGAGGUUACAAAUGGUGAGCUUGCAAAGUCACUUGCCAGGGAACAAUGGAAUCUGGAAGUUCAAGUAGAUCAAGUGGCGCAGCUUCGAGAGGAAGUUGAAUUGAAGAAACUUGCUCAAGAUAAAUACAGAAGAAAGCUAACAAAGAUACAAAAGACAAGUGCCCCUCCGGUUGAUGAAAUAGAAUCUUUGAGAAGGUUCAAGCUGGAGGAAGAAAUUAAUGAUGCAGAAUACACUCUGACAUGUGACAGAAUUGUGAGCUUGAAGGACAAGGUAGGUUUUCCCGUGUAUGACUGAUCUCAUGUAGUGAUU